GGCGCGACCGAACCGAGCACCGGCUACUUCGAUCCGGCUCUCUCUCGUCGAAAAUUUACGAAAACCCCGUGAUAGUGUGUUUCAUAUUUUGCCGGUUGGGUGCCCCGUUGGUGAAACCGAGUGUGCUGUGUGAUUUCUUCAGUGUUUUUUUGGGAGAUUCGGGAGUCGCUCGAUAAGUUUUGCAGAUUCGCGAGUGAAAUGUCCUAACCUCAACCCCGGCACUCGUUCCUUCCGACCAUGGUGCUCUAAACCGGAUACACGGAUACACCUCGAACCGAACCUCGUCCGCAGCCGUCAUGUUGUCGUACAUGCUUCCGGUGGACGAUAAACCGCCUCCAGCGCCGCCCAAGGGUCAUCUGCAACUCUCUUUAAGCGGCGGCGGCGAACCGGUGGCCAACGGCGGAGGCCGCGCGUCUUCCACGCCGAUUUCCAAGGAGACGAGCGUGAGCAGCUUCGCCAGUGAUCUUACAACGGCCACGGCCAGUCACAGUUCCAUGACUCCGACCAGUACCAGUGAUAAGGGAAAGCCUAAACUUAUGAUUAAUGGGAAGCAUCCUACUCUUAAAAGGGUGUCUUUUGGUAGUUCUAAGGGAUCAAUGGUAGAAACGCUUAUAUUUGAAUCACCUCUUCAAGAGGAACCCGAACCUAGUCCAAUACCUGAAAAUUGUAGUCCGUUUCCAGCCGACCAUGACCAAACAGAGGCCGAACGAGAAAAAGUGAAAGUGAAAUUCUUUCAGCAAUCGAAACCGUUGGAAGUAGAUCUACCGAAUGAACCAAUUUUUCCCGAAACGAAUUUCCUAAUGGCGUCACCGGUGACUAUUAACGAAACGAAUCACGUGGUCUACAACAGGACCGAAAGUACGGACAGCGGCUGGGACAACCCCUUCCGACCGGGCGGCGAUCUGAGCCGAGAAGCCGACGAAAUCGUAGAACUAAUCAAAGGCGGCAAACCGAUCACGCCCACGCCCGGCCAGCAGCCUCCUCUCCCCGCCGUCGACGCGGCCGGUCACGCCCACGCCAACAGCAUCCAGGAGCCGAUCACCGAGUCGCCCAAGAAAACCACGCCCCUGCAGUCGGCGGCGACGCCCAGGAGCGCGAACGGCACCGCCCCCAAGGGCAAUAGUCCCGCCCCCGGUACCGUCGAAGUGCAGCGAGUGACUGUUAAACCGGACGGGGAUGGUACCCAAGUCGAACACGUAACGAUCAAAAAGAAACCGAAGUGCGAGUGUUGUGUCAUACAAUAAUAAUUUUGGAAAUAAAACAAAAAAAAUAUAUAAGGAAAAAAGUAAUUUCGGACACUAGGAUAGUUUUUGUUACUGUUGUAUCUUAUUCUGAGACGGAUGGUGGUGUGAGAGGAUCGAUUUCGAGGUUAGGGGAUACCGCGGUAUCUGUGAUAAGAUAGCUGGGAUAUUGAAGGCAGUUCGUUUGUGAUAUAUACAUAAUAUAUAUGCGUUAUUUUAGAAUUUGUGCUAAAACCGUCAUGAAACUCACCGAAAUCCAUGCUUGACCAACAUUUAAAAUUAUUUUUAUCCUGCAAUUAGGAUGUCAUUAAUGUCAUAUUUGCAGUCAUACCUAUUUGUACAUUAGGUAUUUAGUUUUAAUGUAAUAGCUGCAUUUAUAUCACUGUAAAUUGCAUUAUUGAUUAUGUAUCUCAGCAUAAUGCUAUAAUAAAAUGUUCACGUUGGGCGCCAUUUGCUAUGAUAAUUAAAAUUUCUUCAUGAGGUAAAUCUUAUUUAUAAUAUGUACAGACUAAUCGUUUCAAUGCAUUGUAAAACCCAUAUUCCGAAUAAGUAUAUAGUUUUAGUUUAUUGACAUUUUUUAAGUUAUGCAAUAGUUAAAUUCUUCUUUUUUGUGACCUGGGCUGUUGAGGUUAUUCAUUACUAUAAACAUCUUAUUAAUUUAUUUUCUUUUCAAACACAAUUAUUAUUAAUUUAUUAUUAUAGAUAUUUUGACUUUCCAGGAUUAGAUUUUUAAUCAAAUUAAAAUUAUAAUCGAUCCAAAUUAUAUUAUGUUCUUUUCUCAUAAAAUUGUACUAAGUUCUUCCCAAACCGAACAAAACACUUUUCUUCUAGUUUAUAUGGCCUCUUGCCUAGAAAGGUAUGUAACCAACAGCUCAAAUAGUUGGUGGACAGCUAUUGUAAUAUUAUGACGAUUAUUUUUAUCUCUAUACGACUAUAGUAUUCUAUUUUUAUUUUAUAAACAUUGUUGGUCAUAGCAUGAAUUAUUAAAGUUUCUUAAAUUCAGCUAGAUACUAUCUAGUAAUAUACUUUUGUGAAACAUUUCAAACACGACUUAAAGAAGCACCACUAAACAAUUUACCUACUAAUCUUCGGCACUAAGAGAGGUUUUUGUAACAACUCGUUUUUUUAGAUACAUUUUUUGAUAAAAAGAAGCUACUUAGUGCAUAUUUAUCGAUGCCACGGAUAUAGACAGUCAAUGUUAGUUUUAAUAAGCUUCAUGCAUCCUUGUAAAUCAGGGUAAUUCGAAGUAAUCCCAAUUUAAUUUUACUAUGACAUAGAAAUUACUAGAUGGCAGGACCAUCUAUAGUAAUGAUUACUUUUCAAAAUAAACCAUUUCGAUAGAAGAUAUCUAUGGUUAUCACUCUAGAAACGUUUGCAAACAUGAAAUAAUCAUGAGUUAGAUUGUCUAAACACUGUGAUCAUAUAUUAAUGCCUAUAAAAUACUCAUAUAAGUCACAUGCCAAACUGUAGCUCAGAAAAUUUAAUAAAAUGUAAUUUCUGUCAUUCAAAGACAUUAUUAAAUUUGUAUUUUGUGAAAUUAUGUUUGACUACUACACAUGUAAGAAUUUUAAGUAGGGGAGAGUGAGGUAAAAUGGUCCCUUUAACAAUUUUUUAGGCUAAAUAUACCAAAACAAUGGAAUAUUUAGGUUUAAUCAAACACUAAAACAAACAUACCGGAACAUAGUUCUCUGAAAACAUAAUUCCUAAUGAUAAAAAUAAUUUAAUUCUUAAAAAGCUCUACAGGGACCACUUUAAACCAUGCUCAGGGUAAAAUGACCCUCCUCAUGGGGUGAAAUGCAUAUUUUUUGCCAAGCAAAAAUAAAAAAGAUAAAUUUUAUUUGCAAAAAUCGCAAAUAUACACUCUCUGCUUUCAUGUAACACCCGCGCACAAUGAAUGAGACCAUUUUUUGCACAAAUAGCACAUAAUCCAAACCUUCUUUACCUGCGAUUUACUGAAUAUUUCCAAGCAAAAUAUACAGGCGGCAUCGUAUUCAUCAAAACUUGCUCCUUGAAAAGGUCGUGAACUCCUCGUCUGAGGAGGUGCCUGAGGUAGUGGAGAUAUAUCAAAUGAGGUUACUAAGGUAUAUUCCAACGAAGAUGGAAUUUCAUGUCUUGUAUCGCCAACUUUCGGUUUGGAAGUGUUAACUUUGGAAUUUGGGUUUGAAGUACCGGCUGCAAGGCUUAUACUAUCAACUUCCAGGUUUGACGCUACAGUGCUAAAAGUUUCAUUUUCUGCUGAGUCCCCUGCAUUGUUAUCAAAAAGACUGACUUCAUCUGAAGAUUGUCCACUUGUCUCCCAUUCCUCUAACUCAUCUGAUGAAGAUAUAUCACGAAUUUUUCUUUUCCUUGUAGGUAAAAUUAUUGCAGACGUACUUGGGAGUGAAAAUGUACCUCUUUGUGGAGAAGGAGUUCUUUGUUCACGGGCGUGAACACCAGUUUCCUUUUCCACUAGAGGGAUCUGUUGUGCAAGAUGGUUUAAAUUUCCAAUCUGGGAAUAUAUUUGGAUUAAAGGGAUAUAUGCCUGUUUUCUCAAAUCCACUGAGUUCAUUGUUAAGUGUGGCAGGUCUUCUAUAUGCUUUCCUAAACAAGCUAGCAAUGUUAUACAGCGUCAUCACUUUUCCAGGGUUCGUUUUAAGCCAUAUAAUAACUUCUUCAUUAAAAUAUGCCAUUGGAGGUGAAAAUACUGCCACAUCCAAAGGCUGCAUCUCGUGUGUGCAGUGUGGAGGAAACGAAAUCAUUAUAAUGCCACUUUCUCUACAAUAUUCUAUAGCUUGGACAGACUUGUGGCUUGAAUGUCCGUCAAGCAACAAAAGGACCUUAUUUUCAACUGAACACUGGGUAUGUUGUUGAAAAUGCCUCCAGAACAAAAUAAAAGUGUCAUAUUUCAUGUACCCAGAUUCAUGGUAAAGACAAAAUGUUCCAUAUGGAACACCUUGAUAAUAAUUGAUUCCUUCUUUUGCGGGGGAAUAUUAUUGCUGGAGGAAUAAAUUGAUAAGCAUCGUUUACACUAACAUUUUGCCCUCUUUCAGCACUUGUUAGGAAACCGACCUGUUUUCCCCCUUGAUGUGCUAAAAUUUUGGGCAGCUUACUAGAGACCGUCUGAAUACCUGACUCAUCCAUAUUGUACAUUCUCAUUGGAGUGAUGUCAUUUUUACUUGUAAUUUCACCUAAAAGAGAAAAAUACUUUGCGACUGCUUCUUUAUUAAAGUCUCUCGCUCUGGCAGCUGAGGUGGCCUCAGGAGUUCUAAAAGAAACCUUUGGGUGUAUCUUUAGAAACUCUCUGAACCAAGUACUCGGCUUCCCGUACAUGCCGGUGUCAGGCCGAGCGAAUGCCGACUAUUUGUGGUUUACUGGGGUAUUAGGGGACCAUUUUAGCUGACUUUCCCCUACUUGAUAAGAGACCAACUGUAAAUUGAACAAGUUCUAUAACAAUAGUGCAGAAACUUUGCUCUUCAUGUUUAGUUCUUGAGAAGUAUCUGCUUCUUUUUCUUCCAAUGGAUAUACAGAAAUGUAACUCUUAUCUGGUUUUCCUUUGUAUUACUUUCACUUUAGUUUUAUAUCUAGUUCAUGCCUAAGUAUUUUGCCGAAUCAGUAGUAUUGUUUCUACUGAUCUUUUAUUAAACUGUUUUACUUUCGGUGAGCUUAAUCUUUUUGUCCACACAUAGUUUUUAUUAAUAGUCUCUUCUCUAUGCAAUCUCUUGUCUAUGCCGUCGGCAAAUGUGACUAUUUUAACAUUGUGCGAUUGUGGUUUCUAAGAGAUAAAUAACAGGUAAAGAACUGGCCUCAGGACACUUCCUUGAGGUCCUCUGCUUUAAUUUCUUUGAACUACUUUCAUUAAGAGUGGAAUAUUCUUAUUGCCUACUUCAAAUUAUUAACACUUGCAAUAUUUCAUAAAAACAUGAGGAUGAGUAAGUUUUCUUCAAAUAAAAUAGAUCUUAGAUCUUCCAUGUUUCUAAUGAGUCAGUAGAAUGUUUUGUUGGCAACUGACAGUGCAUUGUAAUAUGUGCUGUAUCUAUUUUAUUUGUAACAUUCUAUUGAGAUCCCUCAUGCAAAAUGGUUAUAAUAUUAUUGUGAUUUGACAUUAUUAUUAUUAUAUCUAUCGAUUUGCACUCACAUGUACUUCAUAUAAUGCAGAUACUGAUGCAAAUGAAGUGGGCAAAUAUCAAAUAUGUUAUCAAACAUUUCUAGUUGUGGAAUAAUAAAAAUAAACUGGGAAUACUUUUUAAAUACCUUAUUAUAUAUUUUUUAUUUACAGACUAAACUUAUUAUUAUAAAUAAUCGAUAAGGCCUUGCUGGUUUAAACUUUUGCUUAAAUAUAACUAAGUAGAAAUACUUCAAAUUCCGAAUAAAUAUCGAUAAUAUAAAAAUUUAAUUUCAGUUAAGUUCCAUGUAAAUAUCGAAACAAGAGAGAGAAAUUAUAUUAAUGGUAUGUUAGAAAAAAAUUAUUGUACAUAUGAUUUUUUAUUUGCGAUAUUUUUUGUAUAACAACCAAGUAAUUAAACCAACAAAAAAAAAGAUAGCUACAUUAAGUACAAACGUAAUAUCAAAUUCUAUGGAAUCUAUAUUUUUUAUAUAGGACGUUAUUUUAUCACAGAUAUUUGCUAAGUGAUAUUAAAUGAAGUGAUUAUAUCGAUCUUUGUUUCACACCGAUAAACUUGAUAUACCGGGUGUUCCUCAAUAUACUUUCGGUACACCCGUGGAUUCAGACUGAGUAAAAAAAUGAAAGUGUUAUAAAAUUAUGUAAGAUAUACAAAUUGUUAAAGAAAAAGGAUCAGAUUAUUUACAUUUUUGUAGAAAUAUAAGUAUAAUAGUAUAAGAACUGUUAAUUUCUGGCUUCAAACAAUAAAUCCGCAUAUUUACAACUAUAAAAAUGUAAAUAAUGUUUAUACCGAUGAUGAUUUGAAAUUGAUUGAACAAUGUACCUAUGCAUUAAGAGAAAAUAUAAAUCUAAAAAAAAUUGUGUUCUACAUAACGCUUUUUCCUAAAAUAAAUAGGCAAUUCGGCAUCUAUAAAAUUUUAUUUUGGAACUGUGUAUAGGUUGUUAUUUUUUAUUUAUUUUAACAUAAAAUAAAAUUGAUAAAAAUGAAAAAAGUAACUAGUCUUAAUCAGCGUUGCUAUUAUCUAUACAAAAUAAUCAUUUUUAAAAUAUUUAUCGAAUAUUUUGAAUAAUGAUAAUAUUUGUAGUUUUUUUUUUAUAUAUAUAUUUUUAGGUAUUUCUAAGGUAUCUAUAAAUUAAAUAAAGUAUAUACAAGCGUAUCAUAUUGUUUUAUUUAUUAAUAUAUUUUAUUAUAUUUAUGUACAAUUCCAAAAUAAAUACAAUGUUUAGUAGUAAAUGUUUAUCGUUCAAUUUGUUUAAUGUUUACAAUAAAAUAACUUAAAAUCAAAAGAAAAUUUACCAACUCAUUAUAUACAUAUACGCCCCUAACUUAAUUUACUACUAAAUACUUAAUAAAAUAGCUACUUCAAAAUCUAAGCUAUAUACCUAUCUUAACACCGAAUCAAGUGUUAUUACUAUCUUAUAUUAUAUAUCUUAUACAUAAAAACACUUUUUAUUAAUUAGAAACAUGUUGCAGUAAAAUUUAAAACAUUGAAAAUAAAACGAAUGUUUUAAGAAUUACUGGAAAUAUUCAAAGUUCAGCUCUACCACACAGAGUGUUUUUACUAUCACUUAAAAUCAAUUCACAUCGAUUUUCGGAAAUUUAUUUCAAUGCCCAAGAAUAGAAUAAUGGCAAACAGUUUUAAAUGACCUUUUAUUCUUAUAUUUCUGAAGACCAUAAGUGGUCACUACUUAUUGUGUCAUACACAGUAUAUAAAAUUAUCUAAUUUGGCCUAUUUUGAUUAAUUGGACAAUAUCUGAACAUUGAAAGACCCUCCAUUGUCGUCUAUUGCUCUAUAUAGAGCAUUCUCUUUAAUUACAUUUAUAACAUCACAGCCUAGAGUUUUCUCAGGCCUUUUGAUUAGUGUAACUUGAGAGAUACAAUCUAAAAUUUGACAUAUAUCAAAAUUGACAAUCGAUUACUACUACAUCUAAUAAUAAUUAAUAUCAACACAUUGCCAUACAACAAUAUUAACUCCGUAAUCUUGUAAUUGACUUUCUAGAGUCACUAUUGUUCAACAAGCCGAUCAGUUCCUAAAUGAAGAAGUCCAUCAACUUUGGAAUAACAUUUUGACAAAAAUUGUCUCCUUAUUGCAAAUGCUUUUGAAUCUAUUAUGUGGAAAUCGAACAACAUAUAGCUUUUGUUCUAUGCUAUAUGUUAAAUAUGGCUUAACCUAUAACAACCUUAGAAUAGCUAUAGAUGGUUUAGUCUUAUCCAAAAUUAAAAAAUCUUAACUGAAAUCACAAAAUCAAAGGUCAAAAGAAUUGUCAUUCCAACAUCGCUUCAACCAUUAGUUUUUCCAUCAAGAUAGAAUGAAGCAGAGAGGACAUACACUAAUUUACAAUAUGACAGAUGUACACACUUAUGGCCGGUUUCUGAAACAUUAGAUAUCUGUCCAAUAGACUUAUCAAACUGAUAACUAGAGAAAUUUUGUUUCUGAAACAUUCAACAAAAGUUAUCCAUUCUAUAAGUUAUCAAAUAGAUAUCUUGCCACUUUGGUGAGAUAUAUAUUCGGUAAGUAUCUGACGUAUGCGUUCAUAAUUUGACAUUUCAAAUAAAUAUAUUUAUUAUUUUUUCUCGAAUACCAAAAAAAUAACAAAUUAAACUCAAAAUAAUGGAGUAUACAAGCUCUUUGGAAUCUUCUGAUGAAGAAAUAUUAGCAAUUAUUCAAAUGAUAGGCGUUGUUCACCAUUUUCGGGUUAGAAAUGAUCCAUUUGAAGAAUAUAGUGACAACAUACUAUUAACUACUUGGUUGAAUUAAUUAACGACCAUAUUCAUCCUAUGACUCAGUGAAAUCGUUCUUUAUCUACUAGAGAACUGUGAGAAUUGUAAGUCUAUCUAGUGAGAUAUGUCAAAACUAGUUAAAUGACUAAUAACUAUCGAGCGAUAGUUAUCCAUAGAUAAGUUUUCAGAAACGCUUUAUGAUUUAUUGGACACAUAACUUCAUCUGACCGAUAGUUAUUCUUUCAAUAACAAAAUGUAUGAGAAACUUGCCAUUAGUGGACUAGUUUUAAUGCAAAAUAUCUCUAAAAAUGUGUAUAAAGAAGUGUAUUAAAUAAAGAAUCAUCCAGUUGUCCAAUAAAGAGUUCAUUUUGGAAAAGACUACGCUGAGGAAGAAAAUAUUUUUAUUAAAUGACAUUAUUUCAAAAAAAAAUGUACCCCAUGAAUCCAGCAAGCUUGGAUGCAAAGGUUGUGUUUAAAAAUGUUUCUGAAUAGAAGGUUUAUUUCUACAAAACACUCUGUGUGAUUUAAACUAUUAACAGAAGUAUAUUUUUAAGAAUACCUAUCGAAUUUCUGGUAAAAACCAUUUAUUUAUUAUAAACUGGUUCUUAUCAGAAAUCGAACCCAUAUAGCUAACUAUAAAAAUAUAUAGUACAAUUAUUUUCAUAUGAUAAAGAACGAUGUCUAUAAAGGAACACAAAAUGUGGAAAAUUCGGAGUAACGUGGUACACAGUAGAAGAGAUUUUAACAUUUUAAGUUUAACUAUUCAUGUUUUUGUAUUUUAGUAAUAUAGUUAUUGUUGUUAAUAUUAUUUGUGUGUCUGUAAAUACGAAUGAAUGUGUUCAUACAGAAUUUAUGACAUGUUUUUCUCAAAAGAAAAGAAAAAUUAUCAACUAAAUUUUAAACUAUACCCACUAAGAAGUAUUGUUGUUACAAUCCUGCCAUUUUUAGAACGUAUUUUAAGGAAAACAAGUCAAAAAUUCCCAAUUUCGAAAACCUUAGCACAAAUACUAGAAUUUGAAACAGAUAUGGGUGUUGAUAAAAAAGAUUUAUUGGAAUAAUAAAACAUAUUAUUUGCAGCAUUUGGUAUUUAUUUAAAAACCAUUAUUAUAUAAUAUUGGAAAAUAAUACUAUUUAUUAUUCCUGUUGAGUGAAUAUUUUUUUAUUCUAGAUAAAUGACGUCCCUGUAUAGUUCGUGUAUGUAUAAUAAAAAGAAUUGCAGCUUUUUAUGCUUAUUAUGUAUAGAAGUUUAGACUGUACAUUUUGCAUCUCAGCGAAUAUAAACUGACACUUUUAUAAUUAUUAUUACUAUAUGUUUCAGAAUUAAUUUUAUUGUUUUCCCUGUAUAAUAUGUAUAAAUUAACAUUUCAUUUGUAUACCAUGCCACAUAGCAUUAAUAUAAUUUGUGAUGUUCACAA